UGUUUUCAUCCCGCCCCUCGCACGAGCGCACACACAUCGGUGGAAACCGCCCGAUUAUGCGCGUUUAUUUACUUUAGUGUCGGUUUCUGCGACUAGCGAAAUGCCCCGUCUCCCUGCGCCGAUGGACGGCUUCGCGCCGCGCGGGGUUUUGUGCGUGUUGGCUCUCUGCGUGUGGAGCUCGGCAGCGCGUGGACGCAGCGAUGUGCUCGAGCUCAAAGACGCAGACUUCGAUUACAUCGCGCCCGAGCACGAGACCCUGCUGGUGAAGUUUUAUGCCCCGUGGUGUGGUCACUGUAAGAAACUUGCUCCGGAGUUUGAAACCGCUGCUACACGACUGAAGGGAACGGUCACUUUAGCCAAGGUGGACUGCACUGAUAAUACAGAGACCUGCAAGCGCUAUGGGGUCACUGGAUACCCAACGCUCAAAAUAUUUCGGAACGGACAGGAAUCAUCUUCAUAUGACGGACCACGCUCCGCUGAGGGGAUCGUGAGUUAUAUGAAGAAACAGGCCGGGCCUGAUUCUGUGCCUCUGCACAACGAGCUUGACCUGGAGAACUUCAUCAACAACUUUGAUGCCAGCAUAGUUGGAUUUUUCUCAGGGACUGACAGUUCUCAACUCGCUGAGUUUCUUAAAGGAGCCAGUUUAAUGAGGGAGAGUUUCCGCUUUGCUCACACCACAGACCAAGAGCUCGGAAAGAAAUAUGACGUCAAAUAUGAGUCCGUGCUUCUGCUCCGUCCCCCCAGACUCAGCAGUAAGUUUGAGGAGAGUGUGGUUCACCACACCGGAGCCCUGUCCAUCACCGGCCUGCGCCGCUUCAUCAGAGACAACAUUUUUGGACUCUGUCCUCACCUGACCAAGGAGAAUAAGGAUUCAUUGAGGAAGAGGGAUUUAUUGACGGCCUACUAUGACUUGGAUUAUCUUCGCAAUCCUAAAGGCUCCAACUACUGGAGAAACAGAGUGCUGAAGGUGGCGUCUAAGUUCAGUUCUCAAGGCCUGCUGUUAUCCGUGGCGAACCGUGAUGACUUUCUGGAGGAGCUGGAGGAAGAGUUCGGUCUGGGUGCUUCCGACUCAACCGAGCUGCCGUUUGUCACCAUCAGGACACGAACAGGAAACAAAUACACCAUGAGAGAGGAGUUCACACGAGACGGCAAGUCUUUAGAGAAUUUUCUGGAAGACUAUUUCGCCGGGCGACUGAAGCGUUACACCAAAUCAGAGCCUGCGCCUGCCAAAAACAACGGAGCCGUCAAGGUGGUUGUGGCAGAUACGUUUGAAGAGAUCGUCAAUGACCCCAAGAAAGAUGUGCUCAUUGAGUUUUAUGCUCCGUGGUGCGGCCACUGUAAAAAACUGGAGCCCAAAUAUACAGAUCUUGGAGAACGGCUGUAUGGUGACCCCAACAUUGUAAUCGCCAAGAUGGACGCAACUGCCAACGACAUCCCGCAAGGUUACGACGUCCAAGGGUUUCCUACAAUAUAUUUCGCCGCUGCUGACCGGAAAGAUGAGCCAAAACGAUACGAGGGAGCCCGUGAAGUGAGAGAUUUCAUCAGCUUCCUGAAGCGUGAAGCAUCCAAACCUCUAGUUCUGGACGGGGUUAAGGAAGAGCUGUGAACGUUUAAAGGGGAAAUUGCUGUUUGUUGUGAAGCGGUGUUCAGGAAGAGCGAAGAAUUCUGCUGCAGUUCAGCCAUACGUCUCACCUUCUGUAAGUUUUUGGGCCUCAUUUAUAAAACGUUGCGCAGAAACCAUCCCUAAUUUGAUACAACCGCCAUCUCUCAAACAUGCACACACACGUGAUUUAUAGAAUGAACACGCUCUUUCAGAUGUGAAAGCUAUGAAUCACUAAUCUUGAAGCUGAAUAGUUUCAGCUCUCUGCCUUGUAAAUGACUCCUAAUUAAUGUCAUUAACAUAUAAAUGAUCACCCGUCAUUGUCCAUAUUCUUACAUUUACUACAGCGAGCUGCAAAGAGCAGCUUACUUUGCCAAAAACCUCCAGUGCUCCACCAAAAAAAAAGUGUAUUGCCACAUAAUAGACCGUUUUUACAAAUAUGAGCAUUUAUAAAUGAGGCCCCCAAUAUUUAUAUUGUCCACCCGAUAAAAAGUAGUGCAGAUUACGGUUUACGUUGAGGAGUCCUGUUUUGUCGUUUAAUCAUUUUGUUCUUUGUUGCAUGAGUUUCAUUGAUCUGUUCUUUACUGUUAAUGCUGAAUAUUUCCAUUUGUUCAUUAGUUAGUGACGUUCAACAUUUACAAAAACACCAAUAUUCACUCCCUGUCUGGAUGAUACUCCUGAUCUAAUUUCAUGCAGUAGAUGCACAGUAAUUGGUUUCAAGCACAGUUUGUGGUCUAGCAGCAGAAGGAGCCAUUACUAUUGUUUGCCAUUUUCAUGUCUUGCCCCUGAUUUGCUACAGAAGUGAUCAAACGAAAGGGCAUCUUUUAACCCAGUCUGUUGUGACAUGGGUUGAACUGAUUACGUAGUGUUUAUUUACUGAUUAUUUAUAGAGUUUGCGUGUGAAAUGAACGCGGUUUACAUGGUGAAUGUUGUCUUGUCGCAUUAGCUUUUUUUUUUUUUUUUUUUUUUUUUUAAAUGCAGGUAGUUUGUUUAACAUCUAACUGAAGCUCUCUUCAGCAAGAGGCAGAAAAUGCUGGUUUAUUAAAAGAACUGAUUUUGGUCAGCUGUUUCUUUCGUGUUUAAAUGUUUGCAAAAUCGAAUGUGUUAAGCCACGCAGUAUUUUCAAAGCGAGCGUCACGUGAUGACUGAAGGCAGCAUAACACCUAAAGAUAUGGGAAAAAGAAAAAAAAAAAGAACGGUAAGAAAAUGGCAUAAGCAUUAUAUAUAAAGACAUUGAGUUUGGACGGACGCGCCUCAGAGAUAUGUAGGACUCUCACACAAGAUAGGAAAAAAGACAUUUAUUGUGAAUUCUGAACCCUGGUUCCUCAACAGCUGUAAAGGGGAAGAAAAAAAAAAAAAACAUUCAACAGGAUCAACAAAAAAAAUAAAAAUAAAACAUCCAAUGCAUUCAAACUGAUUUUUAUAUUCUACUCUUUACACCUAUACCAGAAGAAACACUUUAAACCGGAGAAGAAAAACCUGGGCCCGUACCAAACAUAAAAAAACAGCCUAAUUGUGGUUCUGUGGGAA